GCUUCCGGCCCUGCUAUUCCUCUCACGCCUCGUCAUGGUGCUCACUUUCUACGAAUUUAACUCCGCGACGCCCACCAGCGCACCUAUAUUUCCACUACACUUUCCACUACCUGAGAUGCUCGCACCACUGGAUACACACAUCGGGGAAACAAUGGCAGCAUUGACAUGAUCCCCACUGACCCGCCGUCAAACACGCCUGUUCCUGCAGCAUGUGGCGGCGGAGGGUCUGGCUGAGUCACGUCAAAAUCGCACGACCCCUAUUCGCAAAAUAGCACGCACGAGGGAUCAUGCAUGCAUGUUCGAGACUGAAAUCUCACACGGCUGCGACAUCACUUCUUCGGAGAGGGCGGGCGACUUCAUCCUGCUGAAAGCCCGGACAGCAAUGUCUUGGUGCCUCUCUCACGGCAUCCCAUCGACUGUGUCAACAAAGGCCAAGCUGUUGCUUCGAAAGACAUACCCAAUCGAGAGCAAGCUGGGCGAGAUUCGUGCUCUGAGAAAGGUCGAGGCAGGCGAAGAAAUCCUCAUCAACUACGCAGCACCGGCGAAGAUUACAAUCAAGACUCUGCUCGUGUUCGACUGCUUUAUCUCUACGACACUGCGAAAGCAGCAUUUUUUCCGGCACAAUGAGAAACCGACUCAGUUUCACCUUCGAAUGGUCAACAUACUGGAUGAGUACACACGGGCCUGCAUGUCGCUGAACAUCACCGACACUAAGCUCGCAGAAGGCUACGAGCGUCUGGCCAACCAUCACGAGAAUCUCGCAGUCCUCGCCACAUCGCACAUCGAGCUCACGACUUCUGACGUGGUAGCCUUUGAACGAGGUUUCGCUGCGAGAAAGGCCUCCAGAGCGCUGCAGCUCUCACAAGCUCAAGCUCACCUUCGAACCGAACCCACUUGCUUGAGCACGCUCGGCAUCACCGCCGCGAACGACACUGGGGGACGAAACCGAGCAGACUCGUGCAUAUCGAAAUCGAACUUUUGCAACAAGCCCGAUCAGGCCGAAGAACCAGAAUCAUUACAGGAUCGAAGCACACACUUUACAGAACAGAUGAAUGUUGGCAAUUGGGACAAUCGGGCAGUUCCACACAAUGGCAAUUCGUUCUCGCCCGCAUCCUCAUCGCCUGGAAUGACUGUUGCGAGAAAGCCAGUACCUCUACCAUCGGUGCUUUCAUCCCCGGACAAGGUCACCGUGCGAGCGCUCCAGCAGAUCCAGUCUUCGCCUCGCUCAACGACAAAGGGCCUUGACUUCACGAUAUACGAGACUUCUGCCGAAGAACAAUCCCUCAUCGAAGCUCAACAUCUCGACAGCGUCGCCCAGGCUCAGCAUACAGUCAAUUCACAAAGGGCGAUCACUGGAUCAUAUCGCCCUCCAGUAUCCGCAAGUCGACCUGCCCUGGUUCCGGUACAUGCAAACGACCAGACACUAGCAACGAGCCCAGCCUUCGACCCAGGCGCCCAAGUCUUCGUUCCAAGAACCCGAUUUGGCUCAGCAGAUAGUCUUAGUCCUCAAGGCGGCGUCCGAUUGUCUCCCCAACAGGUCAAUCUUGACAGUGUUCACAACCGACCAAACCUCCGGAUCCGCUCCUCGUUCGAGCGCAACGCCCAGCCAGCCCAGCACCACAGAGCGGACCAGUCCAACCCGAUCAUCGAUCCGAUUCGAACGCAGCAGUUCCGUCGCCGCAGUCGCACAUCGGACAACGCAUCCUUCAAUCCACGCAUCGUCUCUAAUGGCGAGCGAUAUCCUUCGCUUCGUCCACAAUCGACAGUACCUACUGUUCGGCGCAACAGCGGUUCUCACCACCGCCAGGUCAUAUUCCCUCGCCGUCAGAGCUCUCGUCAGCAUCUCGUUGAAUAUGAGCGAGCUUUGCGGAACGGGAGUCGCGCUGCACAUGCAGCCGUCCCAGCCAGGAAACCCGUCGGUCAGAGCCUCACAGUCCCUGGUGAUCAUGGACGGGAGGAAAGAGAUUCGACACAAAGAUACCGGUCGCCCAGACCACAUUCCAGUUCUCGAUCAACGCCGAACCUACUCGCUGAACCGUCUCCUGUGCCACGCUUGAAUCACACUCGAAGCUCGUCCCUAUCUUGGAUGCCUCAAACGGUCGAACCAAACGAUGUGGCACAACUUGCUCGCAUGGUCAGCGGAGAGCGCGCAACCAGCUACCUACCUUCUGAUCUUGGCUCUGUACCGUCAAGUAUAGGGAAGACGGUUAUGGAAUCCUUACUGAGUGGAAGUUCUUCGCCGCUGGAUGAGUUAUCAUUACAUUUUGGUCGACUGUCAGCGAUGGGCGAUGGAAACGAGCGAGCGAGAAGCGUUGAACUGUCCUUGGAGGGAAGGUCACGAAGAACGAAAUUGUUGACGGGCGAUCUGUUCGACGGACCAGACGAGCUGCAUGACGAGGACUUUGACGCUGUGCAGGGUGAAUUGGUCGACGAAGACUAUCGCUACGGACAGGUGGUCCACAAGACCAUCUGUGAACGACCGUCGCAGUCAAUUACUGACAACGACCGUUCCGAAGACCCAGUCGCUCUCUCCCUCGCACUCCCUUCACCACUUCGAUCGAACCGAUCCUCCUUCUCACCACCGAUCCAUCACAGCCCCUCUUCUUCGAUAUACCAGAAUAGCAGCCUCCCGGACGCAACCGCUACCAUUCGGCCAGUACCUCAGUCGCCUUCAAUUGCAUAUCUUCGCCCGGCGCCCGUAACGCCGAAGUUUCCGAUCUACAAUGAUUCGCUGACGCCUACUCAUCAACCGCAGACGCCGGCGGAUGUGAUCGUUGGGUGGGGCAUGAGUACGGCUAAGAGGACUGUGAGGCAAGAGGAAGGACGAAUUGUCAUCGCGACUGGUAUGACUGCGGAGGUGGAAUUUGUGUCUGAGGAAAUGCAUGCGACUUCCACUUCGAUGUCGACUUCAACUCCGACGCCUGUACCGACUGAAAUGCGGCAUUCGAGUCUCAGUCCGCCUGUGGCUGGGCAGAACUCGAGGCCGAUUGUUAAUUAUUCUCGUCCUUCGCCGACUCGACUUGCUCCACCUCAAAGUCAGCCUCAACCACUGCAGGCAUCGACUCAGCCUCCAAGUUCUUCUGUUCGCCGUAUGCAUCGCAACGAAAAUUCAGAAGGCAUUGAAAUUGAAGCCAUGCUGGCGCGCGGACUGGAAGACGAGAGGAGGACUGGAUGGCGAGGAGUGAGACUGCUGGAGGUGCUGGAGGGGCCGGGUUAG